AUUUAAUUGUUCAUGUAUCUGACGUAGGUGGCAGCAUGUAAUUUGUGUUUUCGCGAUUUCCGGAAAUUUUUGUGUCCGUGUUACCAGGAUCACAAUUCUUGUCAUUGUCUUCAUUUUGAAGAGGGAGUUCUAGAGAUUCAAAUCAUCGUUGGUUCUAAUUUCGGAAUGAUGAACGAGCCUAUGGAUGUUACAGACCAAGAAGUAGCAGCUAUUGUGAAUGGGCUGUAUAGGUUCAGGUCACAAAGUCGACCUGAAAUUGGGAGCUUUUACUCCCAGUCCCAUGCUUUAAGCCGAAGUCUUCGUACUGGAAGCGAAAGCAGCGGUGGGGAACUCAGUCCCCUGAUUCCCGUGAAUCACCUGGCAGAAUGGAAGGAGCGAUUGGAACGAUCGUUCCAAGAUGACGAGGAUGGUUCGUUUGUAAACCGUCAGUCUAACUCACCGGUUAGAAUGCUUGCUGUCAAGCCGAAGGAGCGGGAAAUGUACGACAGCUCGCCAAACUACAGCCCUUUGCCAGGUUAGAGUUUCACCUAUUGAUAGUGAUGAUGAAAAUGAUGACGUUGAUGGUGAUGAU